CACACAGCAGUGCGUUUGCUUCAGUGCAUGUGCUGCUGCUGAUCUGGCGCGGUGCGGGAAUCCUCCGUAUCAGCGUCGGCUUGUGUUAUCUCUACUGAGGACACGCCUCGCUCCUUGACCUUACCGUCUCGGAUUUACGCGGUGUGAGGGACAUAUCUGAUCGGGAUAUUCAUACGUACAUGGUACUGGACCGAUAAACGGAGGUCUGCAGCACAACCCAUCCUCUAAUAUUACGAUCACAGGAGGAUAAGCAGAGCUCCAGUGUUUCACUGACACAUUAAGUGCGUCUACUGUGAGCGGUGUGGCCGAUUGUGCGUUUUAUGGAUCACCUUAUGGGAUCAUGACUUGAUCUUUUUUUUCAUAAUUAUUAAAGUUAUCCCAGUUUGGAAGCAUAUUAACGAAUGGAACUGGAGAAAUUACUGCCUUAAACCAUUAAGCUGGUCCUCAAAUUCUCGGAGAGACAUUGCCUUUCCAGAUAAGAGAGGUUGCCAUGUGAUUUAUUGAUUUUCAUAUAUUUGUCAUAAGAUGGGGAACGGUUUCUCCAACAUUGCUGCAUUCCAGUCCUUGCACAUUGUGAUGCUUGGCUUGGAUUCGGCUGGGAAAACCACAGUACUCUACCGCUUAAAGUUUAAUGAAUUUGUCAACACAGUUCCCACCAUUGGCUUCAACACUGAGAAGAUCAAACUCAGCAAUGGCAACGCCAAGGGAAUCAGCUGUCAUUUCUGGGAUGUCGGUGGCCAGGAGAAGUUGAGACCUUUGUGGAAGUCCUACAGCCGGUGCACAGAUGGUAUUAUUUACGUGGUGGACUCCGUAGAUGUUGACAGACUUGAAGAAGCCAAAACAGAACUGCAUAAAGUCACCAAAUUCGCAGAGAACCAAGGAACUCCUCUCCUGGUGAUUGCCAAUAAGCAGGACCUUCCCAAAUCUCUCACGGUUAAUGAGAUCGAGAAGCACCUGGCGCUCCAUGAACUCAGUCCAUCCACAACCUACCACGUCCAACCGGCCUGCGCCAUCAUAGGCGAGGGACUCCAUGAAGGCAUGGACAAACUAUACGAGAUGAUCGUCAAAAGAAGAAAAUCACUGAAGCAGAAGAAGAAACGAUAAAAAGUUGUGGACUUGUGUUGAGAGUACAAUUUGGAUUUGGAUUUGGAUUGUUAACUCUCAAAAUGUUGAAAUGAAAGAUAUGACGGGUGUUGCCUUGGUGUGCAAGAAUUGCUAACACAUUAUGAUAGCUUUCACCAUUGAUUUUAAUGAAUAUAUCACUCAAAAGAUCAUUAGUUGAUGUGCAUUCGUAUUGUUGGAAAUGUCAUUAAACUUUGAUUUAAUAUGUUUUGAUAAAUAGUCACAUUUGAACGCGCAUGAACGCCAAUUUGAACAGCGAUUUGUUUAAAAUUUCGUAGGUUGAUUUCUGCGAAAAGUGUGAACACAGUACGUUUACAUGCACUUUAAAAGUCUGAUUUCAGUCGAACUAAAUCUAUAAUCAUUUUAAAAUGUCAAAUAUAUGCCAAGUCCAAUUUCUUCGCAAUUUUCUGGAUGUUAAAAUACUUUCUCUUAUCCCAGUUUAAUUAGCAGAGAACAAUAUAAGUACAUUUUUAGUAGGUUGAUUUCCACCGCAAGUGUGAACACGCAGUACGUUUACAUUAGCUUUAAAAGUUCGAUUUCAUUCGCACUAAAACAAUCAUUUGUCUUUUUAAAAUUUAAAUGCUUUAGUCCAACUGAAAUCGUACCAGUCCAGUUUUUAUGAAGUCGAACUAACUGACUUCGAUAACGAGAUUGUAGCUUGGCUUCGUCCAGCAUGUAUACAUGGAAAUUUUUACGAAGUCGGACUAACUGACUUUGAUAACGAGAUUGUAGCUUGGCUUCAUCCAGCAUGUAUACAUGGAAAUUUUUGCGAAGUCAUACUAACAGACUUCGAUAACGAGAUUGUUGCUCGGCUUCGUCCAGCAUGUAUACACGUACAUUUUUGCGAAGUCAUACUAACAGACUUCGAUAACAGGAUUGUAGCUUGGCUUCAUCCAGCAUGUAUACACAUUAAUCAGAACUCAAUUGGACUCGGCGUUGUGCACAUGCUUCAAAAUACACAUAUUUAACCUGCCGCAUUAUGUCAUGCAUACUUUGACAGACAGCUGAAGAAUAUUGUUCAACUACAGAAAAAAUGGCUAUAUCUCGAUUUUAAACACGCAUGAAGACGUACUGACUGUGGCUUUAUGGCGCUAUCAAAAUAUUGCUGUUUGUUUGUGCAUUCUGACCAACCCAACACAAAAACAUUGCCUCAACCAAUGGCGUGAGUUUGGCACGUGAGAUACCCGUUUAUCCGACCAAUAGAAGAUGGAUGGUCUGUUCGGGAAACCUGUUUAAAACAUUCAUUAUAAUAAAUUUGGUGGCGCAGAAAUGACACAUUUCACCCUUAUGCGUUAUAUGUUUGUUAAUGACUUAUUAGUGAAAGUUAUUAUAAAGUGUUAGCCAAGAUGAAUAAUACGCAUAUAUAAAAUGAACCAAAAACAAAUUAAAUAAAUAAACAAAAUAUAAAGAAAACAUAGAACUUGCCAAUCAUUUAAAACAUUAAAAUAAGAGAAAAAAAAUGGGCCGGACCCAUAUUGCUGCUUGAUAUUAACCCCAUAAUUAUUGCUUCAAAUUUAAUUGCUUGCCUGUAAUCGCUUUGAAGAGACCUAAUAUGAAAAAUACUUUUGUUACAAAGUCAUUCCUUAAAUAAACUGAAUGCGAUGUUGAUGUUUAACACUUACAUGCACCUAUACAUAAAAUGAAACAUUGUAUGUUUCGGUUGCCAUUAUAUUAUUAAUUCCUUUUGUUUUUCCUGCAUAACUAGCAGUGCAUUGAACCAUGCCUACAGUUCCUGUUGCACCAGAGUGGUUUAUACACACUAUGUUUUCUUUUUAUUUUUGUCUUCCUGGCUUUCUUUUUAUAAAGUGGUUGAAGUACCUACACAGGCCUGAAACGUGAAAGGAUACAUUUGUUUUAAUGAAAUGCUACUAUUUACUUUACAAUCAGAGGUUGUGUAUUAUGAAACCAUGUUGUGAAAUGAAGACUGUUUAUGCAUAUGAUGCCAAAACUAUUCCAACUAAAUUAUACCGAAAUAUUAUCAGAAUACUUUUGUUUUGCAUUUUAUUUGAAAUACAUUUAUGAGAAAGAAAAAAUGAAGGAAAAAUCCUUUAUCGUUGUGUGUAAUUUUUACAGUUAAAUGCUUUCUGUUAUCACAGUUUAAUCUGGAGAGACAACUAUAAGUAACCAUUUGUAGGGGGACUUUCUGUAUUUGUGCAAUGGAAGAUGGGCGGAGUGUUUGGGAAACCUUUUUGAAAGCAGUUAUUAUUUUUGCAAUUUCAUUUGGUACCACUAGUGGCACACUUUAGCUUUAAUUUAAAACUUGUUUAUGUCACCAAAUUGCUUUUGAAAUGUAGUUAGAGUACAAUAUUCUGGGCUUUCCCUCAAUAGUCAGCAUUAUUUUGGGCAGUGAGCCUGUUUUCUGUAAUUAAAGUGGCAGUCUGGUACAACAGCCAUCACCCAUAAUUCCCUGUGCUGUCAGAUCUACAUGAUUUCACUUUGUGCUGGGCGACUAUAAUCCUUUUUAUUUAGUUCCAGGCUGUCAGGGGCCCACACGUGCAUGCGUUUGAGUAUGACACACUCACGGGACCGGGAUAAUGACCCUUUAGCACUCAGCUUGAUUGGAAAUGGAUAUUAAUAGUAGAGCUCGCCCAUUGUGUAAUUAGUAAAAAGCCACAGAAAUCCCUCUGAUGGGAGUAUGAAGGGCCCAGAAACCCACAACGCAACACCUGGUGGGUGGGAAUGCACUGACAUACACUGUCAAUAAAUGACACAAACGUCAAUAUACUGGCUUGUAUUGAGUGUGAUUUAAAAUUAAAUUGACUUUUUACCAGGCUGUGCUGCGGUUUGUAAAUUAUAGUUAUUUUUAAACAUUAAAUGGGGAAACUUUU